CUAAAGAGGCUGAAUCGUCGUCGACUCGAUAGGGUCGGUUUCUAGGGCUUCCUCUUUUGCAGCGCACCAUUCUUUCUCCCUUUCCCUUCGUCAUCUGCUUCUAAUUUCAUUCUAUUUUCUUCAUCGUCUUCUUUUCGAUUUUAAUUUUCUGAAUCAGAUCCUUACUAUCGGAUCCACCUUAAAGGAUUGAGUUUUUUUUUUCUUUUUUUUUUUUUGUUCAGAUAAAACAAAUCUUCGUUUGUAAGUAGAUUAUCUCCCCUUCAUAACCGAUCGUUUAUUUGGUUAUAUGCUUUAUAAUCUGGAACAUUAUUGGUAAUUUUGAAGCGAAUCGAUUUUGAGUUAGAGCGUCUUUGAUCUGAGAUUUAGAGAUGAAGCGGUCGAGGAAAUCAAAGGGUGUUUCGUGGGCUCGUGGAGUUAAUCUUUGUCAGGUGAAGCUAUUCUCAUCAGAGGACUGUCCUUCAAAAGUUGGUCUGAAAUCUCCAGAUCAACUCCAAGCAAAAACUCCUUGGAUGUUACAUCCUUAUACCACCGAGAUUAACGAUUGCCCUCCUGGAUUUGAAGUUACUCCUUUGGGGAACCAAUUAGCAGACCUGUCCUGCAUCCCUUUGGUUAAGUGGAAGCGCCCUCUCAAGUUUGUUAUGAAUCCCAACUGGCGUGUGGGGGCAGGAGAGGAAAGUGAAGAGGUAGAAUCUCAGAAGUUUAGAGAAAUGAGAUUGCUUGAAGCAGUUUAUCCCCGAGCGUCUGCCAUUCCUCCAGGUGCGACUGUUUCUUCUGAUAUUCAAGAUGAGCUUUACGAUGAUAGCCUCACUCCUCUUAUCCCUAUUAUUCCUGUUGAAGAAGAUGAGUGUGAAGAUUUAGGUUCAGAUUCGGCCAUUGUAGGAAACUUCUCUACGAGCUCUCUGCCGAUGGCUUCCCACUUUCAUUUGGAACCUUCUGUAAGAACCGUUGAAACAUCUGCAGUUGAAAAGCCUAUCGAGAAGUUACCUGAUGUUGGCGUGGAUGUAGCCGUUGCUGCCUCUACUGCAUAUGCAGUAUUAACGAAAAGCAUGGAGCAGGGAAGCAUGAUUGACACGAAUUUGCUUAUUAAAAUUUUCAGUGACCCGAAAAUGAUUCAGAAUUUGUCCAAUAUUCACCCUCUAUCUACAGCUGUCCCAGGGAAUCCGCCACCCAUCACCACUGGUGCACCAAUAUCUUUGUCAAAGCCAGUGAGUGAAUCCAAUAGAAUACCAAGAGUGUCGAAUGGAUUCUCAUCAACGGUCACUGCUGCGCUCCCUCAGACGAGUAGCAUACCUACAUCUGAUGUAAAUUUAGUUGUAGUUCCCGGCAACUUACCAGUUCAAGAUCCCAACCGGAUAAAAGUUACCGUACGAAAUGCCGAGAACUAUUCAAAAUUAGGUACAAUUCCCGUACAAGCAAACAUGUCGCUGAUAAGUUCAGUGAGAAAAGAAGCAGCUCAGCAAGUGAAGGACGUUAGCUACUAUAAGAACUUAGUUAGAGAACAUGGAGAUCAAAGGGACUUUAAGAAACAGAAACUUGGACAACAAGAUGGCAAUAUUUACAACCAUCAUAAUCUGAAUAUGGCACAUGAGAUGAAAGAAGAAAACUUGAAACCCAAGAUUCAGAAACAAUGCAUUUACUUUAAUGGCCCAAAAGGGUGUCGAAAUGGCCUUAAUUGCCAAUUCAAACAUGAUAUCAUACUUAACAAUCAAAACAAGAGAAUGAAACUGUUUGGUGAAGUAACAAGGAGGAAUUAAUUUGGUUUAUGAUCAGGCAGGUAAACUGUCCUUUUUGAGGAAAAAAAAAGGGGGGGAAAUCUUGUGUUAAUUAUUAGGAAAUCAGGAUGAUUUUCAACAUGAUUCCUAAGGGGAAAUUUUUGAGGUAAGCUGGGAUAGGGAGUUCCUCCCUGUGUAAUCCUUUAGCAUGAUUGUGAAUUCCUUGCACACUAUUCUAUUUUGUAAAUAGAGCCUGCUUUUUUUA